AUGUCCGAAAUAGAUAUUGAAUCCGCAUCAUUAGAACAAUUAAGAGAUAUACUAAACAACAAAACAUCCAACAUAACUUUAGCACAUAGAUUUAGAGCAUUAUUUAAUCUAAAAUCAAUAGGUAAAGAAGAUGAGGACCGAACAAAAGCACGUAAAGCUAUUUCGUAUAUAGCAGAUGCAUUCGCAGAUGAUUCAGAAUUGUUGAAGCAUGAAGUUGCUUAUGUUUUGGGACAAACCAAAGAUCUUUUUGCAGCUCCUUAUUUAAGAGAUGUAUUAAUUGAUACUAAUCAGCAGAUUAUGGUUAGACAUGAAGCAGCAGAAGCCUUGGGUGCAUUGGGUGAUAAAGAAUCUUUAGAAUUAUUACAAGAUUAUUUUGUUAAUGAUCCAGCUUUAGAAAUUAGACAAACUUGUGAAUUAGCUAUAGAAAGAAUUAAAUGGGAAAAUUCUGAAAAUUUCAAGACUGAGAAAUUAGAAAAAUCAUUAUAUGAAAGUAUAGACCCUGCUCCUCCAUUAGUUACUGAUGAAAACAAUUCCAAGAUCGAAAAAUUACAACACAUUUUAAAUGACCAACAAAAACCAUUAUUUGAAAGGUAUAGAGCCAUGUUUAGAUUAAGAGAUAUUGGAACCGAUGAAGCUUGUUUGGCAUUAGCCACAGGGUUUGCCGAUCCAAGUGCUUUAUUCAAACACGAAGUUGCUUAUGUAUUUGGACAAUUAUGUAAUCCUGUUACUGUACCUUCAUUAAUAAAAGUAUUAAAAGAUGAAAGCGAGGCAGGUAUGGUAAGACAUGAAGCUGCUGAAGCCUUGGGGAGUAUAGCUACUGAUGAAUGCUUACCAGUAUUGAGAUCAUUCCUAAAUGACGAAGAACAAGUUGUUAGAGAUUCAGCUAUCGUUGCUCUAGAUAUGUAUGAAUAUGAAAAUUCAAAUGAAUUAGAAUAUGCAACAGUUAAAUAG